ACACGUUUCGGUUUUUCUGGUUAUAGGUUGGACUGAAGGUUAUUCGUGUAGCAGCACGUUAUACUGAUCGAAGGCUAAGGAUACAGAGGAAUUAAGUAGCUUUUUCCUGGUUAUAUUUCACGAAAAGAUAAAUAACACUAGAAUGGCAAGUAAUUUACUAAAAGUACCCAUCUUUAGCAAGUUACCAUCUUUAGCAACAAGAAUUAUUCUCCCUUCAGCUGCAUACCAUAGAGAACGAAUAGGUAAUCGUGAAGUGGUUGGGUUUGGUUUAAAUGGUGAACCCAGCUAUAUAGAUAGAACAGAUUUUCCUAUGCCAGCUAUUCGUUUCAAAGAGAACUCGCAAGAAAUAACAACUCUUAGAGAAAAAGAGAAAGGUGAUUGGAAAGAACUGUCAAUGGAUGAAAAAAAAACACUGUAUAGGGCCAGUUUUUGUCAGACAUUUUCUGAGAUGAAGGCUCCUACUGGUGAGUGGAAAUCUGUUCUAGCAGGGACUUUUGUGGCAAUGGCCCUUACUGUAUGGCUGUAUGUAUGGAUGAAGAACUUUGUUUAUCAACCCAUGCCAGAUUCCUUUACACCAGAGAAAAAAGCAGCACAGCUCCAGAGAAUAAUUGACUUGAGAGUGAACCCCAUUGAAGGUUUAGCAUCAAAGUAUGACUAUGAGAACAACAGGUGGAAAGAUUAAUAGGUUAUUUCUAUAGUAGAAGUUCAAUAAGAGCAUUAUUGAAUAAAACAGGUAUUGAUUCAAGUAUUCUGUCCACCUUUCAAGUGAUUACUUAACUUUGCUAAAUUAUUUUAGAACACUAUUUGAAUUAUACAACUCUUAACUUUUGUGAGUUAAGUAUAUAGAGUUUAAGAUUAUUAAAGAUAAAUAGGAUUAUAAGGUAUUACUGCACUCACUAGAAAAUUUCUACAGCACAAGCAAGAAUAUUCCAGUUACUGACCUUUGACUGUAUACAGGAUUAUGGCUAAGUAUAGAUAAGCCUUGUGCAAUUUUUCCAGUUGUUAAUCAUGAAGAAAUUUUUGUGAAACAACUUGUAAAAAAUGUAUGCACUAAAUAAAAUGGUAGUGGACUAGCUACUGUUUCAAAGAAAAAAGUAGCACAAUAAAGUAUUUCUUCAUCAUUUAA